UUUAUAUUGUGACUGAAAUCCGCACCUCUGUCCAAAAGAGUCGCAUCCCCUGCCCUGACCCUUUUUCUUAUUGACUGUUUUAAAAGAUUUUUUUCAUCUCUGUAAAGUGUCGCUUUUCGGUGCUUUUCUUCUACAAUAAAAAAGACGCUUCUGCAGUAAAGAGUCUUGCCUGGAUGUAUUUUUUCUUUAAAUAAAAAUCUACGUUGGAUGAACGAGUAAAGAUGGAUAAGAAAUCAUUUGAGACCGUGCUUGAUGAAAUUAGAAAGGCUGUGUUGACUGAAUACAAAUUAAAAGCUAUAGAAUAUGUGCAUGGAUACUUCUCUAGUGAACAGAUUGUUGAAUUACUGAGAUACUUUUCUUGGGCUGAACCACAACUAAAGGCAAUGAAGGCUUUACAACAUAAAAUGGUAGCUGUUCCAGCAUCAAAAGUGGUUAAUAUCCUUAACUGCUUCACCUUUAGUAAAGACAAGCUUGUUGCUCUAGAACUCUUAGCUUCCAACAUUGUUGAUGCUCAGAAUUACCGCCUUAUUGAGGACCUGUUCAGGAUUAACAUGUCAGAGAAGAAAAGGUGCAGGAGAAUUCUUGAGCAGGCUUCCAAAGGAGGUUGUAAAGCCCCUCACGCUAUGAUAUCUUCCUGUGGCAUGAUUCCUGGAAACCCUUAUCCCAAGGGGAAACCAAGCCGGAUAAAUGGAAUUUUCCCAGGAACGCCUAUCAAAAAGGAGACUGAAGAAUGUACUAAUGAAGGGAAGGGAAUUGCAGCCCGUAUACUUGGACCAUCCAAACCAGCUCCCGCAACGUACAACCCACACAAACCUGUUCCAUACCCCAUCCCACCAUGCCGGCCACAUGCAACUAUUGCACCAAGUGCUUACAACAGUGCCGGUCUAGUUCCAAUGGCCAGUGUCCUAGCACCAAGCUUACCAGCUCCUCCACCAUAUACCCCUAAUCAAGUGGGAUCAGAAAACGAAGACCUUUCCAAUCAGGCAAAACCUUCCCAAAAUCAAGCUUUUUCUGCACAAGCGAAUCAGCUCUUUACUCCUCAUGGUUCUAAUCCUUCAACACCUGCUGCUACUCCAGUCCCUACCCCAUCCCCUGUCAAGGCGAUAAGCCAUCCAUUAGCAUCUGCCACUGCAGUCAUCCCUGGGAUGAGCAUGUCUACCCCUGUGCUUCCUGUUUUCCCAGGGCAGGUCUCCUCUUCCAUCCAUACAUCUCAGCCAUCAACCCCAACCCCAUCUGUCAUCAAAUCCCUUUCAUUGUCUGGUGUUCCUGUCACAUCUGUUCAUAGUGCAACCUCCAUCCCUAUUCCUGCAGUUUUCUCUGGACUGGCUUCUAUCCCUGCUGCUACGCCAGCUCCACAAGCUUCUUCCACACCAUGUGCCACACCUGCCUCUAAUGAAGCUUUUGCAUCUGCUUCUGCACCAUUUGCUGGCCUCCCUUUUUCUGCAACCUCUUCAAUUGCUUCAGUUAAUAAUCCUGCUCCAUUGUCAUCAGUUUUUGCUGGCCUCCCUUUGUCCUUGACCCCCACUCCUCAAGGGAUGUCUAGUCCCAUUCCCUCUGCAAUUGCUAGCUCUCCUGCCACUAGCAUCUCUGGCCCACUUAGCUUGCCUAAUCCAAUUCUGUCUGUCUUAAAGGGAUUUCUGACAUCAAAUGAUACCUCAUUAAUCAGUGCUUUACCUUCUGCUGUGACAAGUGAGCUUGCCUCUUUAUCUGCUCUUGCUAAUCAAAGCUCUGAGCCUCCUGCCUCCUCUGUAAACAAAUGUUAUACCCCAUCUGCCACACCUACACCUCAACGUUCUUCCACGCCAGGGCUGGCCAUUUUCCCGGGUCUUCCAUCUCCCUCUGUAGCCAAUCCUAGUUCCACUCCCCCAACAUUGCCAACUCAGUCACCAUUAACCACUUCACAAUCUAUUAUACCAGUCAGCUGUGGCGCCUCUGUUGCGCUUUUGCAUGGUGCGAGCCCUACUAAUCCCGAGCAUCAGAUUUCAUCAGCUCCAGUUGCCACAGGUAUUCCAGUUCUGGUCAAAACUGAACCCAUGAGCCCUACUCUCUCAGCCUUCAAAGGCCCUUCUCAUUCGGCUGGCCCAUCUCAUGGCACGCUAGGAUUGUCAGCGCUUGGGCGUACAUAUACCUCUGCAACUUCAGUGCCAGUCAGUUUACCUAGUUCCCUUAAUCCAGCAUUAUCAGGUCUCUCCUCUUUGAGUGCUCCCUUAAACAGCUCCAUUUCCCUUGCCCCACAUGCUUCCUCUGCUCCAGUUGCCCCAGUAUUUAAUGGACUUCCUCCCUUCACGUCUCUGACCAGUAACUUUGCUUUUACUGGUAACCCAGCACUUACACCACCGGUCACUGUCCCAGGGUCUUUGUUAGCCACUCCAUCUACAACUGCUUCAUCUGUGUCUGCUUCUCAUGUGAAUUCUACAGCAGCUGUUCUCUCCGGACUCACUGCUUCAGCAACAGUCUCUGCUCCACCCUUUCCGCUUAACUUGUCCAGUGCCGUCCCCUCCCUAUUUUCUGUCACCCAGGGGCCUCUGGGAUCAUCAAACCCAUCCUUUCCUGGUUUCCCUGUCUCUAACACACCCACUGUCACUCCAGCUCUCCCUUCUUUCCCUGGCCUCCAGGCAUCUUCUACAGUAGCAGCAGUUGCACCGCUGCCGGCAGCUGUCACAGCCCCAUCUCCGGCUCCGGUCCUGCCAGGGUUUGCCUCGGCCUUUAGCUCAAACUUCAACUCUGCACUUGUUGCACAGGCUGGCUUGACUUCUGGGCUGCAAACCCCAGGAAAUCCAGUUUUCCCUGGACUCUUGUCUCUUCCUGGUAUCCCUGGAUUUACCCAAAGUGCCGCACAGUCUUCCCUGCAGGAAUUGCAGCAUAGUGCAGCAGCGCAAUCAGCGCUACUACAGGCACAUUCAGCUUCAGCUCUAGAGAACUAUCCAGCUCAGCCUGAUGGUUUUACUAGCUAUCCCUCUGCACCAGGAACACCAUUUUCACUGCAGACAAGUCUACCCCAGAGUGGAUGGCAAUAAAUAUCAUCUUUUUCUUGACAAGCAAGACAUAUUUGAAGACUGAAGUGGUGGCUUGACAGAGCCUGAUCCUGUUGCCAUUAAGUCGAUGGCAAAAUACCCAUUGACUUCAAUGGGGACAUGAUCUGGCCCAGAAAUUGGGACAGAGAAGCAAGACGAGAGUGAAGAGCUUCUGGGAAACUGUUCUUGUGUCAGAUUACAAACAAAUCCAUGAUUACUCUUGCUUUUAAACAAUUUGGGAUGUGAUCCUGUGAUGUGCUGAACAUCUUCAACUUCCUCUGUAGCUGGGGAGCUGGGUGUUUGGUUCCUCAUAGGACCAGGCCCUUUAA